AUGUUUCGCCUUUUUUCUAUAAUCGCUGUACUCAUUGUAGCCCUGGGAUCUGUUGGUCUCGCUCGGCUACUGGAAAAGCGUGCCGAAGAGUUCGGCAUAUAUGCCUUUGGCGACAAAAUCAGUGGACUGCAGAUUUACUAUUGGAGUGGUGCCGCCUUGAUAGGCGAUCCAACUCAGUCCAAAAACUCAACCGACGUGCUGCCGGUCACCUUCACGGUCUCUGGCUCGGAUGGAAACACCUUUACUGCGCACUCCGGGAACAAGGCCAAGUCUUUGACUGACCAAGCUCUUUACAUAUCGAAUGAUGGAUCGGACAAAGUCGGCUUUUCCUCAUCUACCGAACGGAGCAGUGGAAAGUUAACCGACAUUUGGUGGCUAUACGGACGUUACGUUAUGACCAACGUCGAAGGGGCAACCUUCUACGCCGAGCCAACUUCUGACGGGUGGUAUACGUUGUCGUGGAGUUCGGCAGAUCAAUCAGGAACGAAUAAGGUACUGGUCACACUGCGUACUAUUGAGCCCUCGACCAAUUCUGUUUUGGCCUGA